UAAAGCUUCACAAUAAGAAUGACUAUCAGAAGACUGUUUAAAAGCAUUGCUUGUCAGCUGAACAGAGAUAAAAAAAAAACGUAUUUAUGAGUCUGGUGAAAAGAGGAUUGUAAAAGAUUCAGCUAAAGGAGGCAAAAGUUGUUAAGAUAAAAAUGGGGCAAGGACACAAUACAAGCAGAAAAAUUAUUGCCAUGCUUUCAGCGAAAACACCAGCCCUCCCCUACACACACACACACACAACCUCGUCCUCCACUACUAAAGAAUAGGAAUUUGUUUCUACAUGACAAUUAUAUAAAAUUAUUGAAGGUGUACGAGUGUCUUAUCUCACAUUGAUACUUUCCUAAUUUGGUCUGUCAACUACCCUAACCAAUAAAAAUUAUGGACAUGUUUUUAUUAUAAAGACAGAGUUAUCAACUUAAUAAACCCUAGUUCAGAAAGUGCCAACACGUAAAAGCCAUGCUACGCGCUAGAAUUCCUGCUAAAGUUUGGAAUCGUAAAACCUCUCACAUUAGGAACGGACUUUUUAUUUAUAGCAAACAUACCGGAUUGGACAGCAGAAGGAACUGUACGACAGACACAAAACCACUCAGCAGUUCUGGAAAGAAAACCUUAACCCACAGCUAUGUCCAUGGACCAUCAGAUAUUCCUUUUCUUGGUUCCACCAUUGGAAACAUGUUCCAAGAACAGACAGAAAACAACCCAGAUGAUGAAGCUUGUGUAUUUUACUCAAGUGGAAUAAGAAGAACAUUUGCUCAAUUCUUAAAAGAAUGUGAUCAACUAGCUGCUAGUUUCUUGGACCUUGGAAUAAACAAAGGAGACAGAAUUGGUAUUUGGGGACCAAAUUCUUAUGAAUGGUUACUAGCCCAGUACGCAGGUUUCAGAGCUGGAAUAAUUUCAGUAAACGUCAACCCAGCCUUUAGAAUGGCAGAACUAGAGCACGUUGUAAACACUGUCGGUAUGAAAGCUAUAGUGAUGGCUGGUCCAUUCCGUGACACAAACUAUUACAACAUUUUGCACCAAUUAAUACCAGACCUACUGACAUCAACUCCGGGAGAUAUCAAAUCUAAAAAGUUACCAUCUUUGAAAACGAUAAUUUCAAUGGAAACCAAGAAAAUAGCUGGCACAUUUUCAUUUCAAGAAGUUCUGCAGGCAGGAACCACUAAGGGAGUCCAAUACAUAAGGGAUCUACAAAAGGAACUUCAGUUUGAUGAUCCGAUUAACAUUCAGUUCACUUCAGGAACCACUGGUAAACCUAAAGGGGCCACUCUGUCACAUUUCAGUAUUCUCAACAAUAGUCACUCUGUAGGUUUUCGUUUAAGAUACAAUGAAAUGAAACACCGUGUGUGCAUGCCAGUUCCAUUGUACCAUUGUUUCGGUUCCGUUGUUGGUGCAUUAACAAUGAUUACUCACGGAACCUGCUGCAUCUUCCCAUCUCCUGGAUUUGAAGCAAAGACUGUUCUGACAGUUGUCGAAAACGAAAGGUGCAAUUCCAUGUAUGGUGUUCCAACCAUGUUUAUAGACAUUUUGAGUCAUCCAGACUUCCCAAAAUAUGAUCUGACAUCAUUAAGGACUGGAGUCAUGGCAGGCUCUGUCUGUCCCAUAUCCCUUAUGGAAAGAGUCAUGAGAGACAUGCAUAUGCCUCACAUUACAAUAUGUUAUGGAAGUACUGAAACGAGUCCAGUGACAUUUCAGAGUGAUUAUAAUGAUACGGCAGAAAGGAAAUGUUCAACAGUGGGUCAGGUUUCAUCCCAUACUGAGGCAAAAAUUGUAAAUCUUGAUGGCAAAUUACUUCCUGUAAAUGAACCUGGUGAACUUUAUACUCGAGGUUACACAACAAUGUUAGGAUACUGGAAUGAAGCCCAGAAGACAUCAGAAGUGAUUAAAAGUGGAGGAUGGUAUGCAACAGGUGAUAUUGGCGUUUUGGAUGAAAAUGGGUACUGCAAAAUAACUGGCCGAAUCAAAGACAUGAUUAUUCGAGGAGGUGAAAAUAUUUAUCCCAGUGAAAUUGAAACCUUGCUAUACAAACAUCCGAAGGUGAAGGAUGUUCAGGUUGUUGGGUUACCAGAUCCACGAAUGGGAGAAGAGGUGUGUGCCAGUAUUCAAUUGAAGGAAGGUGUAGAAUGCAGUGAAGAUGAGAUUAAAGAUUAUUGUGUUGAACAUACAUGGUGUAAAUAGUCUCUUAUUAAUAAUUUCCACAUCAAUUUUCAACGACACCUUGCUUGAGAUUGUUCCCAACUCGACAUUGACUAAUAAAUUACCUUCACCUUGCAACACAUUCAAAUAAUGACUUUGGACACCUCAGAAUUCUAGCUUGCCUAGCUUUUUCGUGUUUUUUAACCAUUCAGCAGAUCAUCACUUGUUUCUUUUACCUCUCUUCAGUGCCAAAUAUUCGCUAACAUUGAGAUUUGAAAAUCAGUAUUUUGAAGUAGAAUGGUAAGAAACAUAACAGACAAAUGUGAUAUGAAGAAAAUGAUUUAUGAAAUGGUUCGAUGAAACUGUUUAACCAAUAUUUAAUACAGUCUUUUUUAUUAAAAAAAAAAAUCCUUG